AUGUUGCCAGUUAUUGCCAUCGCGGGUCUCGCCUGUGAAACAUCGACCUUCUCCCCCGCCCGCACUCUCGCCCCCGCCUUCCAUCCCCGCCGUGGCCAGGCAGUCAUCGACCAGUACGCCUUUCUACACCCCGACACGCCGCUGGGGCAAGCAGCCGACUGGCGAGGGAUUCUGACAGGGCAUGCCUUGCCGGGCGGGAUUGUCGCUCGAGAUGCCUUUGAAGCGCUGGCGGACGAGAUCGUCGUCGGUCUCCGUGACCUCCUCGAUGCAACAACACGUAUGAUCCAUGGUCUCUGGUUCGACAUUCACGGCGCGAUGUGCGUGGAGGGUCUCGACGACGCCGAAUUCGAGCUCCUCCGUCGGAUCCGCACCGUCCUGGGACCCGACGUGUUGGUCUCAGCUUCCAUGGACCUCCAUGGGAAUGUGUCGCGGCCGCUCGUCCACCAGACGGAUCUAAUCACAUGUUACCGGAUGGCACCGCACGAAGACGAGCUGGAGACGAAGGAGCGCGCCUGCCGUAGGCUGGUCGAGCUGUUGACAACACGAGAAUCGCUCCCCAGAGAGAGUGCGAGCAGUGGACGGCUACCACGACCGCUGAAAGCCUGGGUUCCCAUCCCUAUCCUGCUCCCCGGCGAACAGACAUCGACGCGGAUCGAGCCGGCGAAGAGUCUGUACGCGGCCGUCAGCCAGGUCGAGGCCGAGACGGGCAUCCUCGACGCUGCCGUCUGGGUUGGGUACGCGUGGGCCGAUGAGCCGCGCAACCACGCCGCCGUCGUCGUCACAGGCUGGGACGCGGCCGCCGUGACCGCCGGUGCGGAAAGGCUCGCCCGCCAGUUCUGGGCGUGCCACGCUGAUUUUCAUUUCGUGGCUCCUACAGGAUCGCUGGCCGAAUGUCUGGACACAGCUUUGAAGGCGCCGGAGUCGAAGCGGCCCUUUUUCAUCUCCGACUCGGGCGAUAAUCCGACAGCAGGGGGUGCGGGCGACGUCACCUGGAGUCUGACGCAGCUACUCGCACGCCCGGAGUUUCAGCAGGAGAACGAGGAGGAGGAGGGCGCGAAAAGAAACUGCCCACAAGUCAUCUACGCAAGUUUGCCGGGGCCACAGGCUGUGCAGACGGCCGUCGCAGCAGGGAUCGGGGCAACGGUGACGGUGAGCGCAGGCGCCGAAGUCGAUGAUCUGCACGCCGGCCCGAUCACCAUGACCGGAACUGUGUACGCGAUCAAGCAUGGGGACCGCGAUGCGCUGACUGAGGUCGUGCUACAGGUUGGCAGCGUGUUUGUCAUUCUCACCCAGCUGCGGAAACCGUACCACCAUGAACGAGACUUCACGGAGCUGAACCUUCAGCCGCGGGCGAGCGAUAUCGUGGUCGUCAAGAUCGGAUACCUCGAGCCAGAGCUGUAUGCCAUGGCGGCGGACUGGAUACUUGCUCUCACACCUGGGGGUGUGGACCAGGACCUACAGCGACUGGGGCAUCGGCGGAUCCGUAGGCCCAUGUGGCCUUUUGAUCGCGACUUCACGGCCGAGCCAGAUCUCUCGGCGAGGAUGAUUCCGCCCUCGUGCGAUCUUGAUUCUGAAAUCGUUAUCUAG